AAAGGCUCACUCAAACAUUACAUCAGAAAGUUACUCAAUGACAAGAGAACAGCAAUAGACUUCACCUUUAACUUUUGUUUAAAAAAAUAAUUCUCCACAUUUCAUAGCUUGUCAUCUUCUUAGAGCUGACGUUUAUAACUUAGUAUUGACUCUUUGUUCAGUCAUAAACAUUUUUGCAAUGUCAGCAAUAAAAUCUCUAGUGAAACUCUUCCAUGCACACAGAACCUUUUUUACUCUCAUUUGUUAAAUAAGUUAAGCAUGUGUAUCCUGAUGUGACAUGCUUAAUUUUUAGACCUAUAUUUAUUGGCAGGUCAUAUGAAUUCUUUAGCAAGAAAUGGCAGAUGACAUUCAUGAUUACAAACCAUUGAGUGGGCCUCUUCUGCUUGGUUUCUUCAUAACACUCAUUCUAGCCCUGAACGCCAGCUCACGUGAACAAGCAGCUCUUCUACGUGAAGCCUACCAGGACAGCAAUGAAUCUGUGCUUCUCAUCUUCACAGCUUUGGUGACUUUGUUUCAGAUUUGGGCCACCUUAAGUCUUCUGUCUGUGGAAACAGUUCGUGGUGACCUUCCCAAUAAAGAAGCGCUGGUUAUCAUAGUCUUCUGCCAUGCUGGGAAUCUGUUCCUGCAUGACUACCUGGCCAGUCUUGGCAGUUUGGAAACAUCUCUCUGCAUGGCCUUUUUCCAGCCUUUACUUACUUUGUUGGCCCUAUGGCUGGUAACAUCAGUUAUUCCAAGAUGGCCAAAUUUGGUCAGCACGAUGGCCAUUGGCAUUGGUUGCACAUUCAUGUCCAUCAAAUCAUCAACAGUCUUAAGCUCUGAUAGGACUUCCUUGAUUUGUGCUCUGUCGGCAUUCGCAUUAAUCCUGCGCAACAUUGUGCUCAGACAUCUAAUCAGCUCUGAGCAUGUGAAGUUCAAGCUUCGAGACAAAAGAAGUAUAGGAGCAGCUACACUAGCAUCAAUCUUGGUUCUGAUGAUCAUGUUUUUCCAGGUUUCAUCCAUUUUGCAAGUCCCAGUGCUCUGUGGAUUUGUGACUUGUUCUUUGUCUGCUGUUCUGGCCUAUGUGACUGUUCAGAUGUUGAAGAGUUAUUCACUUGUGGUGCUCUCCCUAUUCCAGGUGUGGGCUUUACUGGUGGAAGCAGUUAUCAUAACUCCCUCUGAUCACCGGCCAGACAUCUUUGCCAUUAUAAUUGCAAUUGUAUUCAUUGUGUUUGGUCACUAUGUGUUCAUGAAGGAUUACCAUGAGCACCAUAACAGCACAAGUUCAGCGCUGAUUCCAACUUAUGCUCAAAAACCUGUGAACACACAUGAGCAGUACACCAGAAUUGAGUUCCUCAUGUUCACCUGUCUUGUCCUGGGUGUCAUCUUCUAUGUCUUCCAGCCCAGGGUCUCCCAGAGGGACCUUCAGACCUUGAGCUAUGUCGGACUGGAUAAGAUCAUACGCAGAUUGCUCACAUUUGAGCCUGUGGACCUUUCCAGCAUUGACGAUGAACAAGCACAUCCUCAUCAGCUGCCGUAGACUAACCUUCCUCAUCUUUUUGACGCAACAGUAAUGCUAAACCUAAUAGAGUCAUUUUUAUUUCUUUCUCUGCAUUACAUUGUUAAGCUUUAAUUGUUGAUAUAACCAAGACUGCUGAGCAUGUCUUUUUACAGAUGUUGCUAUUUAUUAUACAAUCUAUAAUUCAAGAUAUGUGUAUUUUAUUCAAUGAACAGUAUUUUUUGUUUUAUGUAAAGACAAACAGAACUUUCUUAUAUACAUGGUUGUUAUGUGGACUAUACAAUCUUAGACCAUUUAAAUGACCUCCUUUUUUUACAUCAAAGCUGAAGCUCAUGAAGUGUGGCACAUAUGCUGCUGAUGGGAAUAUAUAUAUAUAUAUAUUAUAUAUAUAUUCAACAUCUCUUACUGAACUUACCUUUAAUUUAUGCAUAACUGUUGUCUGUGUGGCUCUCUUAUAAAUUGUUAGUGAAGCUGGGUGUGAUAAGGUGGAAGCGGGGCAUGUGAGCAUAGACUACUGGAGGGGUAAUUGCAUGCGAGUUAGCUUGCUUAGUACUGCCUUACUGCUAGGCUUAGUUUCAGUAUCAGGGAUCGCUGGUUGGUGCCCUGGUUGAUGCAGUCCCUUAUUUUUGUUAUAUAUUUAAUUCACUAAAUACUUCUCUCAUAAAAAAUUUGGUUCCUAAUGCCUUUAUGUAUGUAAUAUGUAUGCCUUAUUAAUUGUUUCUGCACUUAGCUUCACAUAUCUGUAUUUUUUUUUUCAUUGUAUGUAUGACCUUUUUUAGUCACUAAGUGAAUAUGGAUCAUUUCAUAGAAAUAAGAUGAAUGCCUGGGCAAUAGAUAUGGCCGUAAUGAUAUUACCCUCACAGCCAGGGCUAAUGAGCCCUGCCUGCCCGAAGCUGACUGGUUCAAGCACCAGUUACUUGCCUUUUCUCUAUUCUCCUGUCAGUGAUAACAGUUCCUCCAGACCCGAUACCUGAGCCACAUAUGAAUGACUGGAGUUGUAUUGGUUGUUAGUGAGGCUAUUUCAGGCAUAUUUAUAUGCCAUUGGAAUCAUUUAUUAGGUAGUGAAGUGUUUAAAUCCAUUACCACUUCCAGCAAUAACAACCUUACAGAACCUAUAUCAUUGAAAUUGAGUUUAAAAAGUCAGCCAUAAAGCCUAAUUACUAAAAUUUUCUAGACCUUCAAGAAUUUUUGUAGUCAGAAUUCUGUAAACAUUCUUACAAAAUUGUUUGUCAAGUGCACAGUUUAUAGCUUAGUAAGCUGCCAGUUGUUUCAUUAAUUUAACAAAAAAAUUCGGUUAUAAAAUAAUUUUAAUCACCAAGCAGUCUAUGAAUAUUCUGUAUAAAAUUGCAAUAGACUAUAGCAGUUAUGAACCUCCUUUUUAUGUUUUAUUUGUGUUGCGUCUUUUAGCCUGCUGAAUAAAAUACUGCUGAAA